CUCUCUUUUCUCUCCUUAUAUAAAACUAGACCUCAUCACCUCUUCAACCACAAAAAAACCCCAUAAAUUCUUUCUAAUUUUCUUCUUUUCCCCCCUUAGUAUUUUCAUUUCUUUGAAAAUAUGACUAUGAAGAACAAUCCUUAUAGAAAAUACACAGUUCAUCCAAUUACUCAACCAGACCAACAACUUUCUUUAUUACCAACAACAAUCUUGACACUAACAACAUCUUUAUCUCAAGAAGACAAACAAAUCUUGUCAUAUUUAAUUUCUUGUUCUUCUAGCAAUUUCUCCAAUAAUCUUGGAAAUUGUACUACUCACAACAAUAACAACAAAAGUUGCUAUUGUUUUAAUUGUUAUAUGAGUUAUUGGGUGAAAUGGGAUUCAUCUCCAAAUCAUCAACUUAUUCAUGAGAUUAUAGAUGCUUUUGAAAAUAUGGUGUUGGAGAAAAAAAAGGGGAAAAACAAGAAACAGAGGAGGAAUAAGAAUAGAAGUUCUUGUGGGAUUGAGAAAAAUUCUGAAAUUUGUUUAGAGGAAAAUUCAACAAGUUAUGAUGGUGAUAGAGAAGAGGAAUUAGGGUCUGUUAGAAGAUUUGUGAGUUUUCUUGGUGAAAGUAUUUGGAGUGUUUGGCAUGUCUGAAAUGUUUUAAGGUAAUAUUGGGAAAAUCUAGGUUCUCUUUUUAUUUCAUCCGGCGUUUGGUAUUUGUAUUGGAAUUCGAUGAAAUAUGAUGUCGCGCAUGAAAGUCUCGAUUUCAUACUUGGAACUCGUAUUUAAAACUUUUGGUCAAAGAUAAAGGAAUAGUUACCACCACUCAACUGCGACCCUCGUUAGAUAGUUUUGUUCUAUUUUAUUUUUUUCCAUUCGAUGUUUGAUACUCGUAUUAGGGUUCAACUAAUCUUAAUUCAUGCUCUUACCAAAAAGAGAUUUCAUACUCAGAGCUCGUAUUCGAAAUGAAGGAUGAAGGAACCCUUUAUGGAUGAUUUUGUUCAUUUUUCACUUCUAUAGAAGUUUUUGUUGUUUCUUACUUAUUCUUUGUUCAUAUGUAAAUACCUUUAUAACAAUAUAAAAUAUGGU